AUUGUGAAAUAUGGAAUUAGUAAAGAGAGGGUUUUAAUUUUUGGUAUCGAUUCACAGUAAACUAAUUCACAAAUAUUAUCAACAUAUAUACAGAAAGAGAAAGUUAAAAACAUUUUUGAUGGGAGUAGGUAGAUAUAGAGAUGUAUAAAAAUAAAAGGAUGUUUAUACUUGUUAAGAAGAUUUUCAUAAUUAGGGAUGGCAUUGACACCUUCUAUAAGAAGAAAUCUAAUAGGUAGAUAUGGAGAAGAAUCUUGGGCAAUAGUUACAGGUGGAUCAGAUGGAAUUGGGAAAGAAUUUUGUAUUUAAUUAGCAAAAUAGAAAUUCAAUAUUGCUUUAGUAGGGAGAAAUUAAAAAAAAAUGGAUUAAGUUUGUUUAGAAUUGUAAAGUUUUGGAGUUUAGACAAAGUUUAUAGUAGCUGAUUUCAAUGAUGGAUAUACAGAAGAAUUUUAUAAUAAGAUCUAUUAAUAGGUUGAAUAUUUGGAUAUUUCAUUAUUAGUAAAUAAUGUUGGAGUAAGAGAAGCUGGAUAAUUUGAAUAAUAAAGAAUGGAAGAUUCAUUUAUGAUGUUAAGAGUGAAUGCAUUAUCAACACUUAUGAUGACUAGAGUUUUAAUAAAUAAAUUAUAAAAUAGAAAUAAGAAAUCUGCUGUAAUAACAAUAUCUUCUGGAUAAGCAUAUUUACCUAAUCCAUUUUUAAGUGUUUAUAGUGGAACUAAAGCAUUUACUAACUAUUUUACAUAAUCAUUAGCUUUAACAUCUAAAAAUAUUGAUUUUUUGAGUGUUACUCCUUUGAGUGUGAAUACAGAUAUGAUGAAUAAUAAAAAGGAAAGUUAUACAAUAGAAACUAAAGAAUUAGUUUAAAAUGUAAUAAAUGAUCUGAGAGAAGGAAAAACACAUAGUUUUGGAUGUUAUAAACAUAAAAGAAUCAUAAAUCAUUUAUUAUGGAGAAAUUAGAAAUAUAGGAAUAAUGCUAAAAUAAAAAUGGGUGUUGAUUUGAGAAACAUACAUCAAUAAUAAAAUAGAUUAGAAGAAGAAUAAUAAAAAUGAGAGAAU